GUGCAGUUGUGAGGUUAUAAUUCGUGUAAUUUUAUUUAUUAAAUUGCGUUAUUGUAUAAAAAGACAUCAGUUUAUUAUAAAUAACAGUUAAAGUAUUGUCUUUGCAGUGAUUUUGAAAAUAUAUCAUGGAGGACACAGAGGAUAUCGACUAUGUUGCUUCAGAACACGAUCGUUUGGUCAGUGCUAUAUCAAAGUUAGAUAAAACUCAACAUAUAACGGAGCCUACACGCAAUGAACCAACAAAUGUAAACUCUGAAUUCGAUUUAAUUAAGAAAUCUAACAAGUUAGAUUUGAAUAAAGUUGUCAAAGUUCUCGGAGGAACGGCUCAUCAUGUGCAGAUUGGGAAGAAACUCAAGAAAACCCAGGACGCUUCUAAAGUGUUGCCGAAACCAUUGGAGAAGCCUCAAGCCGAGCGUAUCAAGCGAGCUACAGGUUACGAACAAACAAAGAAGAAGGUAGGCCGCUGGGAUGCAGUCGUAGCCCGGGCUAGAACUGUAGACUUUGUUUCUUUCCCUAUAAAACAUGUCUCUCACAAACUUCAACCAACUGAGGAGUUUCUAUCAAAGUUGACCCUCAAGUCUCCUUUAGAAAAAGCACUGGAAGAAGUAGACCCUCCACCGGUACAGGAAGUGGAAGAUGAAGAAGAGCAGUUGUAUCCAAUGACGUACCAGGAGAUGGUGGAGCACAGGCAGCAGUUAGCCAAGAUGAGAGCACAGCAAUCGUACAAGGCUGCAAAAGCUAAAAGGCAAAGUAAAAUAAAAAGCAAGAAGUACCACCGUAUCCUUAAGAAAGAAAAGUUGAAAAACCAAUUGAAAGAAUUUGAAGAGUUACAGAAGAAAGAUCCAGAAGAGGCCCUUAAAAAGUUAGAAGCACUUGAGAAAAACAGAGCUUUGGAAAGACAUACCCUUCGUCAUAAAAAUACUGGAAAAUGGGCCAAAAGCAAACUUGUUCGGGCAAAAUAUGAUAAAGAUGUGAGACAAGAGUUAGCAGAACAACUAGCAUUAAGUAGAGGACUGACUCAAAAAACACAAACCGCUGAAAGCUCAGAUGAUGAUGCUGAUAAUAAUGAUGUCAUCCCCAACAUUGCCCUGGACCCUAUGAACCCUUGGAUGUUGAAAAGAUCAGAAGAUGUUAAAGAAAACAACUGGAAUAUCAGAAAAACACAGGUUCAUAAUAUUGAAUCAUCUGAUACUGAAGCAGAUUCUAAUAUAGAUGAGCCUGUUGCCAAAAAGACUAAAAAUAUACCAGAGCAAGUUGUUUCGAAACCUAUCAAAGAACAGAAAAAUAAACUGCCAUCUAAACAAAAACCAAAAACUAAAAAAGCUGUGGCUACUUCAAACUGGACUGUGGAACCUGUAGGUGAUCAACCUAAACAAAAUGAUGAUUUGAAAUCGUCUGAGAAAGUCUCAACAGCAUUUGAAACAUAUGAAAACAAAAUUGCUAAUCUUGUAGAGAAAAAGUUAAAGAAAAUAAGAAAGAAUAUUGAACGGCUAGAAAACAGGUCUAAAUCGUCAGGUACUGAUCCACAAAGUAGAGAUGAGCAUGAAAUUGAUAACUUGGAAUAUUUAAAGAUGAAAAAGAAGAAAAUAACUCCAAUUAUUGAUGAAGAGUUAAUAGAAACAACUUCCAAAAAUGCUCCUGAGAAUAAUAAAGAUCCACAAUUCAAAGUUUCUAAUGUAGUAAAUACAGCUGAUACACAAGGCAAAACAGAUACAAAUAUUGAUCCAAGUAGAUUUAUAGAAGUAAAACCGAAAUAUUUGAAAACUGCCAUACCAGAGGGUGAAAAUGAAUAUGACCAAAUAGAUGAUGAAGAACAAGUUGUGCCUAAAGUGAAUAUUGAGGAAGUGUUUGAAGAGGAUGAUGUAGUAGCUAGCUUUAGACAAGAGAAAGAGGAUGAAAUCAACAAGGAUAAACCACAAGACAUAGAUUUGAGCUUACCAGGCUGGGGCAGCUGGGGUGGCAAAGGAGUGAAACCACCUAAGAGGAAAAAGAGCAGAUUCAUUCUCAAAGCUCCUCCAGUAAUGCCUCGUCGAGAUGAAAACAAGGGCGACAUUAUAAUAAAAGAGUAUAGAGACUCGAAACUAGCAUCACAUAAAGUUACUGAGGUACCAUUCCCUUUCACAAGUGUGAAGGACUAUGAAGCGUCCAUCAGAGCUCCUUUAGGGAACACAUUUAUCCCUGAAAAGGCACAUAAAAAGCUCAUCAGACCCAAUGUGAUUACCAAGGCUGGUACAAUCAUUGAACCAAUGGAUGAAGAAGAACUGCUUGUACCAAGAAACCGUAAAUUCAAAAAUGAGUCUGUUAUCAAGUUAUUAGGACAGAAAUCUUAAAAAUAAAAUUGAUAUAAUGUUUA